AAGGGAUGAUAUUUACGAAACAAACAUGGAUGACACUGUGCAACAACCAGAGAAGAAGAAUUGCACUUUUUUAUUCAAAAAACGUAAAAUUCGUAGCAAUGCUACAAGACAGCGGAAAGAAGGAGGUGACAAUAAUGAUAGCAGCGAUGAUGAGACUACUGUCGUUAAAAAAGAGAGGAAGCAAGACGAUCACAAUCCCAUGGUACAAAGUACAAAUUUGAAGAAGCAACGAGAGAAGGCCAAUUAUGAGGAUAGCAGCGAUGAUGACAAUAUAACAGUUUUAUAUAAAAGCAAUAGAACGGUUGGACCAGCUGGUCCGAGUGAUCAAGGAGCAACAGCCAUUCUAGAGACAGAAACAGAGAAGGAUAGAGACGCACAAGCGCUGUUUGAAAAAGCCCAAAAAAUAAAUGAGGAGCUGGAAGGAAAAGAGGAUGAUAAAGUUUAUAGGGGCUUGAACAAUUAUGCACAAUAUUAUAAGAAGAAAGAUACCGCUGCUGGAAAUGCAUCCAGUGGGAUGGUACGUAAGGGUCCAAUUAGAGCACCUUCCAAUCUAAGGGCCACAGUGAGAUGGGACUAUCAACCCGAUAUAUGUAAAGAUUAUAAAGAAACUGGUUUCUGUGGUUUUGGAGAUAGCUGUAAGUUUCUUCACGAUAGAUCGGAUUAUAAACUGGGAUGGCAAUUGGAGAGAGAAACUGUUACCGGAGAAUACGAUAACAGCGGCGACGAAGAUGAUAAAAAGUACGAGAUCGACAGCGAUGAGGAUGAUUUGCCAUUUAAAUGCUUUAUUUGUAGAAACAGUUUCACAGAUCCUGUUGUUACCAAAUGCAAGCAUUAUUUUUGCGAAAAAUGCGCUUUGGAGCAAUAUAGAAAAAGUACACGAUGUUAUAUAUGUAACGUCCAGACUAACGGUACGUUUAAUCCCGCAAAAGAACUCAUUGCACGAACCAAAAUAAAGAAGGAGGAAGCGGCUGCAGCAAGCGAGACUUCCGAUGACGAUUAAUAAAAUUAGAAUGCCCGCACACUUAUAAUUUUGUAACGAUAUAAUAGCAUUAUAGAGAAGAAUGAUAAUUCUUAUAAAUCAUAGAAUAUUAACAUAGAUUACUUCGGCAUUCCAUCGACAGGAUGAGAUUUUAAACAUAGGAUAAUCCUUUGUAGAAUAAUUACAGGUGAGUAAAUAAUUUGGUAAUUUUCCAAAAUAUAUUUUUCCUUUAUCUUUUACAUGGCAAAAAUAUCUUUUAACACUUGCCAUGUCUGACUUAUAAUAUAGUUAUUUAUCUUUUACAUGGCAAAAAUACCUUUUGACACUUGCCAUGUCUGAUAAUGUAGCUAGCCAAUAAAGAUGUAAACCUCUUUAUUAAAAUGUUAUAUUUUACAACAACAAAAAAAAUGAUUUAAAUAGCGAUCCGCCGUAUAUGUACUUGUACGCCAUCGUCACGCAAAUAUAUUGAUGCAAACAAUUCAAAUACAAAUUACCACUUACUUAUCCUUGAUACAAUAUAGAAUAUUUGCUAAAUAAAAUUUUUAAUAGUGUAUUGUAAUGUAAUUUGUAUGUUAUUAUUAUAUAUAUUUAAAAUACAUAUAAUAAUAACACGCACAUUCUUACACCACUUCGCCUCUAAUCGAAUUUAGAGACUAAUAAUUAUCGGGCUAAUUCGCAGGGAGAACCCCGUGCGGGGCGAAGGCGCUACCGACGGCUCGUAUCGGGCGUCGCGACGCGAAUCGAUACGCGGCGCAGGCGGUGUGUCGACGGCAGUGCACAGCGGCGGCAGUGUGUUUCCCUCGUAUCGUGAAAAUGUCAGCGGACCGAUCGCUCACCGCGGGCCGCUGCCGGAAGCAAGCGGUGUCCCCGCCGUGUUCGCAGCGCGCGACGACGAUAUAGGGAUCGCGCGAGAUAAACCCUCGCGUCAACGGCGCAUCGCGAUCUCUCUCUCAUUCGGAAAGACGCGUCACGACGGAUCACCGCGUUCCGCGGCGCCGCCUCCUACCACGCCGAGGAUCGAUCGACGGAAGGACACAACGCGCGAAACGCGACAGGACGCGAAAGCUUAACGCGGUGGUGGUGGUCCUGGUGCGCCGCAUCCUCCGACCGAGUGGAGCGUACAUACGCAAGAAGCCCGUAACGUUUGUAUUUAUAGCGUGAAGAUUCGCGUCCCAGUGUGACGUUCCGGAGGAUUUAACCGUGGAAUUAAAGAUCGCAGCGGUGGCUCGUUGAGUUGUGCUGUCGGCGACGUAUGCCGCGUGUAAGGACGCGAGUGCGAGCGACUUUUGUGACGAACAAUCGACGACGGUGAAGAAGUGCGCCGCGUCGCACGGUGCUGAAUAAAACAGUAGUCUCCUAUUUGUCUCAUCCUCGGGUCGAACUGUAAGUGCUG